GGUGAACGGCAAAGGAGGCCGAGAUUUUUUCUAUUCGUGUUUUUUUCUGCCCGUAUAGCUCUAUUGUUUCUGUUUCAAUGAGCAGAGACUUGCAGAAUUGGGAACAAGUUUAACCAGAUCUCGCAUCCUGUUAGAAACGUGGUGAACAAGUAAGAUGUGCACUUUAACGCGGCUCAACUAAAUGGCAAAUGGCCAAAAACGCAUACAGACUGAAUAUAAUUACCAUCGAUUCGCAUUAGAUACGCGUAGAAUGGAUUCUCGAUAUGGUCGCAGCUUCUCGGGAGGCAAUGGAAAUGGAAAUGGCAACGAGUCGGGCUAUAGACGGUAUACUCGAUCCCGUUCCCGAUCCAGGGAGCGUAGUCGGGAUCGUAAUGAGUACAGACGUCGCAAUUCCCGUUCUCGCAGUCGCGAGAGAUCCUCGCACUAUAGACACGAUCGCAGUCCUGAUCGUGAUCUCUAUCGCGAUCUGAUCAACGAUGAUUACGAGGAUCAGGGCAGCUAUAGCUCGAGGAGCAACUUUGAUCAUCGUCAGCAUCGCAGCGAGGACAACUACGAUCGCCGGGAUCAUGAUAACUAUAACAAUCAUAAUCGCAAUGAGCAGAACAACUACGAUCAACGUAGUCAGGAUAAAUAUGACAAUGAUCGCGAUCAUCGCUGGAAGAAUUACGAUCGGGAGUCGAAGGAUCGCAACUAUGAUGACUAUGAUAGAGGAUCUGAGCGCAGCAGUCGCAGUGGUGACCAUCGGCAGUAUAAUAAUAAUGGAAACGGAAACUCAAACAGCAGCAAUAGAGAUCGGGAGAGGGAACGCGAACGCGAAAGGCAGUAUUCCUCGGAUGAGGACAGCGACAUGGCCAAUGAAUUUAAGCAGAGAGGCGGUUAUCAUAGCGGCGCCAACGUGGAACCGCUAAACAACAUAAUCCUCUUCGGUCUGAAGAAGCACGUCACGGAGGCAGACAUCAUGGGCGAGCUGAUCAAAGUGGAUAUGGAACCCAGUUCCAUUCGCGUGAUGAGGAAACAGCCGACAGGUGCCUCACGCUGUUUUGCAUUUGUCGAGUUUAAAACCGUUGAGGAGGCGAGACAUUGGAUGGAGUUAACCCAGGGAGUUCUCCAGCUGGGCGACCACCGUGUAUCCAUGCAGUAUAGCCACACACGCAUCUCGGAUUGGACCUGUGUUAAGUGUGGUGCCAGCAACUUUAAGCGCCGCUUCCAAUGCUUCAUGUGCAGCUCCUCGCGGGCGGAAAGCGAGAAUGCUCUUUCCGGAGCCGGCGAGGGCGUCGACGAGAUCAGCCGCAUCCUGACAAAAAAGAUCAUGCUACGCAACUUGGACGCGCUGACAAACGAGGAGGGCGUGCUCACUGCCCUCCAGCAGCACCUGCCCGAACUGGCAAAAACAGUCAGCAAGGUGCUGAUCAGUCGCGACUCUUUAACCCAGGCAUCUCGGGGCAUUUGUUACCUAAACUUUGACACACUCGUCGAUUCGAUGAAUGUGUUUAAUGGGUUGACGGCGCUGGAUCCGCCACUCACACUGGAUGACAAAACUGUUAUCGUCACCUACUGCAUGGAUUCCGAGAAUCGUCAAAUGCUGCCAUCAGACUCAAAUGCCUCUCGAGCCAGCGGAGCAGCGAUGCCAGCGAUGUCUGGAGUGAGUGCAGCCUACACGCUGGCGGAUGUUCCUCGUCUUGCCGAGUACAGUGCCUCUGUGUAUGCCUCCAAUCCCGUGGAGCACGCUCAUUACGUGCAGUACUAUACGGAUUAUUACACGACUGAAAUAAGCAAGAACAUGGGGGAUCCGCACAUGACUGAGGCCAAUUCUGGAGCAGCGGUGGCGCUGUCGGCUAUUCAGCGUAAGCAGAAGAAGGUUGGCUCAAUGGAAAUGGCGACUUGUAGUGUGCCCGAGGCGAAGGCCGCCUUUCUUGCUAGGGGAGCAAGUGCUCCUAGGGGUAACGAUGGAAAGAAGUAUGCCACUCCCGAUGUGUCCAAGUACCAGUACGACGACACCUCCGGCUAUUACUACGACCACAUUACGGGUCUCUACUACGAUGCCCACUCGCAGUAUUACUACAACAACGAAACGGGUGCGUAUCUCUACUGGGAUCAGAAAAGAAGCACCUAUGUGCUGGCCACACCCGCUUCCACCCAGGCGGCGCUCCAGGAAGUUAUAGCCGAUGCCGAGAAGAAGGAGGAGGAGGCCAAGAAAGCCAAGGAGAAGGAGAAAGAGAAGGAGGAGGGAGGCAAGCCCGACAAGGUCAAGGUGGCCAAGAAGAUUGUCAAGGACAUGGAGAAGUGGGCCAAGCAUUUGAACCAGCGAAAGGACUACACGGCAGUGGCCACACCGCAGCCCAUCCUGUCGGAAAAUGAAGCUCCCAGCACGUCGCGUGGCAACCAAGGAGCCUACGCUGAUGUGGGAUUCUCGAUCCUGGAGAAGAAGGAGCGUGGCAAGCUCAACGAUUACGCACCACAGGCAGCACUGCCGGCGAUCAACAAACUGGUCAACGCGUAUGGAGGGCCAUCGGACUCGGAGGAGGACAAUGCUGGGGGCUCACAGAAUUUGCAGACAGCCGUUCGAGGCGCUGCCGAUGAAUCGGACUAUGUGGACUUGCAGAAGCUCACCUGCCUGCUCUGCAAGCGUGCCUUCCAGUCGCUAGACAUCUUGCAGAAGCACUUGAAGAUGUCCAAUCUGCACAAGGAGAAUCUGGCCAAGCUUAAGCAGAAUUCUGGAGGAGGGGCUGCCAUAGAUGAGGGAUUAUCUUACCGUGACCGAGCCAAAGAAAGAAGGCUUAAAUAUGGCGAGAGUGAUCCUCCGCCGCCCAAUCGCAGCCGAGAGCGCUUCGAGCAGGAAAUAAAGACUUUGCAGACGCGGCAGAAGGAUGCUUCGGGAGCAACGCCAGCCAUGCCCAUCAGUUCGAGCAACGUGGGCAGUCGUCUGAUGCAGAAGAUGGGUUGGUCGGAGGGUCAGGGACUGGGCAGGAAGAACCAGGGACGCACCCAGAUCAUAGAGGCUGAUGGUCGCACCAACAAUGUGGGUCUGGGCAACAAGUCCGGAAACAUGCAACCUGGCAACGACUACAAAUCCUACAUCAAAAAGAUGAUGAAGCAGCGUUACGAGAACGCCUGAGACUUCUUUUAGACAUGUACCAUUUAAUUCCGCUUAGAAAUAGGAGCAUUUAGGCAUUGUUUACCUCAACUACACUACCACCACCACCUUAUUGCGCUCAUUUAGCCAUACUUGCGAAGUUAACAUGUAAAUAGUUCGUGAAUAAAGUCUCAAAUUAGAUUUGAUUUAA